GUAAGGACCGCUUGACAAUUUGAAAUAUUUAUCUAUUAUAGAUAUAGAAGACAGUACACUUAGUAAGACGAAUUAUUUGAUUUUGAAACUAAUGACGAAAACUUACUUUUAGUGUGAAGUAUUGUUUUCGACUUCAGCAAAAUGUCAUGUUUGAAAACGCACAUUUUGCUGUGGUUUACAUUUCUCUUAGUAUGUACAUCAGUCGCAGGGAAGCAGCAGAGAAGUAACACAUUUACCAUUCAAGCAAAAGAGGACUUUACAGAUAAAUUAAUUCAAGGAUUGCGGAAACUCAACUUUAAUGUGCAGUUUAAGAUAACUCCAUCUGUAUACAUUUUUGAGUACGGUGGAGAGAAGCAUACACACACUGCCUUGAAACAUGUGAUUGACGUCUUUCAAGAUCAGAUUAUAGAUAUUGAACCGACAAGACUAUACAAAAAUUCCAUGAAACCAGUACAUGGAGACAAUGGAUACCGUGGAACAGCUAAUUUGGUAUGCAGCAAAUACUAUGGAAUGAGUGUAACAAAAGUAUGGGAAAGAAAUAUUACCGGAAAGGGUGUUACAAUUGCUGUUAAUGAUGUUGGAAUAAAUACUGAUCUAAUCGAUCUGGAAAAAAAUAUUGAUAAAAAGUUGAGUAAAAACUUCUUAACCGGCACCGCAGAUGUGACACCAGAGACCUUUCCUGAAUUAGUAAAUAAGGCGCCAGAAUGUACAGAGUGAGUGUUGUUUUUUUA